AUAUUAUAAUAUACGGACUCAUAUAAUUACGUGUACCGCUUUUUUUAACAGGGGAUGUGCAUACGCUCAGCAGGAUGGAGCUGAAUUCCGCGAGGUGGACAUAAGUCAGGGCCGUGUGCGUGGCUACCGCGCACCAGGGACUGAUGUGUACACUUUUUACGGCAUUCCCUACGCAACUGCUCCCACUGGGGAAGAUAAAUUUAAGGCACCUUUAUCAGCACCUAAUUGGACAGAUACAUUGGAAGCUGUAGAUAAACAUAUCGCUUGCCAACAGGACGAACUUGUUCUAAAGUAUUUUAAUGUGACGUUGACGGAUGAUUGUCUAAUAGCUAAUGUUUUAAUCCCUGAGACUGAAGAGACUAACCUUCCAGUGUUGGUUCUUGUUCAUCCGGGAGCCUUCCAAGGAGGAUAUGGAAACAUGUUGCCAGCUAUAAACUUAGUAAAUAGUAAGAGAAUUAUAGCAGUCAAUUUUAAUUUCCGUGUGGGGAUUACUGGGUUCUUAUGUCUCGGCAAUGAGGUCGCCCCGGGCAAUGCUGGUAUGAAAGAUCAAAUCGCUCUGCUGCGAUGGAUAAGAGACAAUAUCGCUAAUUUUGGUGGCAACCCGAACGAUGUUACUGUGGGUGGGUGCAGUUCUGGUGGAUCGUCGGCUGAUGCGUUGAUGUUAUCAAGACUAAGUGAUGGCCUCAUUCACAAAGUUUUGCCAGGAAGUGGUAGUAGUAUCGGAUCUUGGCCUGUUCAAUUCGAUCCUAUACAAAAUGCGAAAGACCACGCUUUGAGGCUGAAUUUUACUAAUGUCGAUGAUUUUGAGGCUCUUACAGACUUUUAUAAAACAUUGCCUUAUGAUAUAAUGUUACAAGAUUCUGAAAUUCUUUAUCUAAAAGAUUCUACAUUUUUGUUUACGAUCUGUGUAGAAAAGGAUAUAGGUCAAGAAAGAUUUCUUGAGGAUGCACCAAUUAAUAUUUUUCUUAAUAAUCAAAAUAAAAUAUUGCCCAUGUUCUUUGGAUUUGCGAGCUUAGAUGGAGCUUGGCGAUAUAAUAUGUUUAAUCAAUGGAGCGAGCUAAUGAAUGAUGGAUUUGAAGAUUUUCUUCCAGCUGUUUUAGAAUUUAAUAAUGAAACCCAAAGAUUAGAGGUGGCGGAGAUAUUGAAAGAAAUUUAUUUUUACAAUCAGUCUGUAGGUAACGAUACGUUAUUGUCAUACAUUAAUUAUUUCUCUGACGUGAUAUUCGUACAAGAUGUACUUCAAUCGGCAAAAUUGCAUGUACAAUCGGGCAAUAAAUAUGUUUAUGUGUAUGAGUAUUCUUUUAAUCGGAGUGAUAAACCGGCUGUGCCUGGCAGAGCAGAUAUUGUAGGUGCCGCACACUGUGCCCAAUCAGACGCUGUCUUAGAUGAAGGAGAUGAGACUGUUUUGCCAGAAGAUUAUCGAGCAAUGAAAGAAAUAAUGCGAGAAUUGUGGCUUAAUUUUAUUAUUUAUGGGAAUCCGACUCCGACGAAUGGUGACAGCACGCUGCCGACUUGGCCGCCUUUCCAACUGUAUACUUUGCCUUACUAUUCACUGGGACAAACUAUCAACGUCGCCUAUGGUAUACCUGUUGUAUUCCGAACGCUAUUAUGGGACUGGUUAUAUAAGAACUUCUCUCGUACGCCUAUUGCGCCAAGCGAUGCAGAUAUUGUUUAG